GUUUUGUUGAGAGCAGCAGAGGAGGAGGGUGCACUCAGGAUGGCUGCAGAGCUGGAUUUCUCCCCACCUGAGAUCCCUGAGCCCACCUUCAUGGAGAAUGUGCUACGCUACGGACUCUUCUUUGGAGCCAUUUUCCAGCUGAUCUGUGUGCUAGCCAUAAUCCUGCCGUUUUCAAAGUCCCAUAAGACAGACUCGGACAGUUUUGAGCCCAAUAAUUCAGAGACAGUGAAGAAGCCAAAGGCAACUGCUCCACAGAUGAGCAAGAAACCCAAGAAGGAAUCCAAAAAGAAACGAUAAAGUCAUGACUGAUGAGCCUCAAAAGACCAAAUAAUCACCUACAAUCAAGCUUCCUCAGAGACAACGUCAAAGGCAACUAACUCUAUUAAAUGGUUUUCUGGCAUUGCCAUGUUUUACCUUUCAAGGACAAGAGAGAAGGAACUUAGAAGAAUGGAAGGGGAGGGAUUCUGCCACAGAUUUCUCACAAGCAAAGAGGAUUUCACAUAUCCAGGACUUCAUUUGACAUGAUUAAUGUGUCAGUCACCAUUGAAGUGACUUCUGUCAUUGCUGAUGGGUAGAGAGGUUGUCCUGGCUCCUCCAUGCUGUCUGGGAUUUGUAGUAAAGUUCCUGUGGAAGGUGGAGCAUGGCUUUGCUGUUUUGGAUACCGUUUGUGUUGUGUUUUUUGAAGGCAAAGGGAUCAAAUGGAUCAAGGAUACCACACUACCCAGCUUUGUAUUCAUCUCUGUUGUCAUCUAGUCUCAAAUACAUAGCUGCAUUUUAUGGCUUAA